CAGAAUCUCACCUUCAUCCACCCAGCAUCACCGGCGGCGUUCGACUCUCGCCUGUUCCUCUUCGUUUUUUUGCGCUGUUGGGGGCUUCUUUCUGUUUUGUUUUGCAUUUCGACUCGUACGAGCGGAGAAUUGAGGGCUUGAUUGCAUUUGCAUUGUUUCCAGCGCACUGUCCAGCUGAUCAUUUGGUUGUUUGACCUCUUGCUUCAUUGAUUUCGAGUAUUAUGCUGCAGCCAUAGGUUUCGAAGUUUCUUUGAGCGAUAUAUUCAAAACGAUAUCUACUUCGAAGUUUGAACGGAUCGGCGUUUGUUGAUACUGGCUAUCACACAGCAGAACAAAAAGAAAGCUUCGACACUAAAAGAAAAGGAACUUGAGAAGGAACAUAAAAUGAGUGUCAGAGUCGUUGGACGUGUCAGGCCUCUGCUGAAGGCAGAGCGAGAGGUGGAUGUGAUUCUUCGCACAGGCUCGCAGGGGCAGUCAGCACCGAGCAAAGGCGACAAGAAAAGCUCCAACGAAAAUGCCGCUCUGGCAGCAUUGAGGGAUAGAGACACAAUAGUCCGGAUUCCAAACCCCAAGAAUGAAAGCGAAGAGUACUCUUUCCAGUUCAAUGCGGUUUACGACUCAAAUGCCUCUCAGCAGGAUCUCUUCGAUGCCGAAGUUGCUCCCACGGUCAAACAUCUCUUCAACGGCUUCGACGUCACAUUGUUUGCAUAUGGUGUAACAGGGACGGGAAAAACACACACUAUGCGGGGUGGUAAAAGCCUUGCGGAGAGAGGAGUGAUUCCCCGUCUCCUGAGUAGCAUCUAUAGAAGAAGUCGCAAGAUGGAAAAGGAUAGCGCAGGGGAGACGUCAGUCAAUGUUUCGUUAAGCUAUUACGAAAUCUACAACGACAAGGUCUACGAUCUAUUCGAGCCCCCAGAGAAAAGAACGUUCACAGGAUUGCCUCUUCGCGACAAUGGAGGCAAGACAGUUGUCGUAGGCUUGACAGAACGGCCGUGUACUACCUUGAAGGAAUUCGAAACGUUGUAUGACCAGGCCAACACGAACCGGUCAACUUCUGCUACGAAGUUGAAUGCUCAUUCGUCGCGAUCCCAUGCAAUUCUUUGUGUGAAGGUGACAGUCACUUCCGGUGAGAAAACAAGAGUCAGCACGGCGUCUGCCAUCGACUUGGCGGGCUCAGAAGACAACCGUCGGACGGAAAAUGAUAAAGAACGCAUGGUUGAAUCUGCCAGCAUCAACAAGAGCCUUUUCGUUUUGGCCCAAUGCGUCGAAGCGAUCAGCAAAAAGCAUCACAGAAUACCAUAUCGAGAGUCAAAGAUGACAAGAAUUCUCUCCUUGGGGCAGAAUAACGGAUUGACAGUCAUGAUUCUCAACCUUGCACCUGUGAAGUCCUACCACUUGGACACCAUUAGCUCGCUCAAUUUCGCGAAUCGCACCAAGAAAAUCGAAGUCCGUGAGGUUGAAAACGAACCAAUGUUCAAGGGUCCUCCGAGGCCGGCGAUGCGGCCAUCGCUAGCUGCUCAGCGCCAGCCUUUGCGACCAUUGACAGCUUCCAUGAACUUGAAUCUGGCAGCCCCAGCUACUAAAGAUGACAAAGAUUCGAAGCCCACCGAUGGGAAGCCAAUCAAGGCAUUCCAUGUCUACUCGGAUAAGCCCCAGCCGAGGCCCUCUGCGCAGUUCAAGAAGCCUGAGAUUCCAAAACGAUCCUCACUAGGCUCCGAUGCUCAUGCUUUGCCCCCGUCUCGUCUUUCAAAGCCUGUUCGCCCUUCACAGGUACCAUUGCAAGCCCCAAAGCCCCAGGAUGAGAUCUAUGCAGCCAAGAUUGAAGAGAUGGUGGAGAAGAAGGUUGAGGAAAUUCUGGCUGUCAGGGCCGUCAGUGAACAGUCGAGACAAACACAAGUUCGUGAACUUAAUGAACAAAUGCAGAGACGGCUGCAACUUCUUGAGCAGCGCAUUGAGGGCUCCGAAGAUGCGAGAGCCGAAGGAUUGUCGUAUUUGCUUAUGGCCAAGCAACAUCAGGGGCGGGGCGAAGAUGGUUCCGCAUUGAGGAUGUACCAGUUGGCUUUGCCAUUCUUUCCAAACAAUGAGAAGUUGGCUAUGAAGAUAUCCGUUCUGCAGGAACGCCUUCAGCACAAACCUCGAGGCGCCACCUCAGCCAGCCCUAAGUCACCAUCUGCGAAAAGAGAAUUCGGGAGCAUUUUGUCCCUCAAAAAGCAGCCUGAGAGGCCUCGAUCCAAGCGUCAGGCAGAUGACACUGAUGCCGACUAUGAAGAACACCAAGAAGCGCUUGAGAACUUCAGUGAAGAAGAAUUCCAGGGCUCUCAUUCUAGACGCACGAAGCGCGUGAGGACCAAGACCCCGAUUGAGGCUGAUGAAUCUGAUGACCUGGAUUGCGAUGAACCGGCCCCAUCCCCACGGACGAUCCAUCUGCUCUCGAUCAUCAACUCCCGUGAUGUUAGCCAGAUCAAGUUGCUCAAGGGUGUGGGUGUCAAGAAGGCAGAGGCUCUCGUGGACUGCCUUUGUGAAAUGGAUCAAAACGCGGGCAGCGAAGAUGGAGAGCAUGUACAGGUGAACAGCCUCGUUGAGUUGAGCAAAUUAAAAGGUGUUGGCACAAGGACGGUUGAAACCAUGAGAAAAGGAGUUUUGGCAUAGAGCAAAAAACCUUUAUGCAUCACAUUUUUUGGUCUCCUUGAGAGCGUUUUUCAUCAUGGCAUCUUGCUGCUGCGAGUGUUUUCUCUGUGAUUGGCUUUUUUUUAGUGACAUUCUUCGUCCUCUUUUGCCCAAAAGCAUUGGCGAUAAGUCACUACUUUACAUUGCGUUGCAUUGUUCGAUUCCCUUCAUCAUUCAGCGACGGUGUUUUUGGCGUUUAUUAUCUUGACCUUCCUUUUGGAUCUCCAUGAUUGUCACUGUUAGAGUUAUAUGAUUUCCAGCUAUUUUCGAUUACUAUUAUGCAAUUACUACUAUUCUAUCAUUAAAUUUCUUAUGUCCAUUGUCCUUCCCAUACUUGGGACACCGCUCCCUGACUUAACCAAGUCCAAAAUUUGCCAGUAAAUCUUUUCAGUAUCGUUGGUCAAUAUUUCACGUAAGAAUCAAUCCCAACAAUGUGCAACCUGCAAUGAUUU